UGUCUUAAAAGUAGAUUUGGGAGAGGCCAAGAGGCGCCUUAGUGCCCGCAAUAAGCAAUUGCAUCAACUAUGGUAUCGGUCAGUCACACUGCGACAUAUAAUAUCCUUAUUGGAUCAAAUUGAAGACAUUGCCAAGGUUUAAACUUAUGCUUGCUUGCUCUGAUUAUAUAUGCCCUGAGGUGGAGUUGCUUUGAGCUACUUACGCAGUUUGUGGUGUGGAAUAAACAGAUAAGUGCAUUUGCAUAAUUGCAUUUGCAGUUUUGGUAUAUAUAUAAAAUGUUGCUUUAACUGCUAAAGAAUAAGUAAUUAUAUAAACUGUGUUUUUUUAUCUGAAAUCUGCAGUGAUUUUCAAUUGUCAAAGAACUACUUGACCUUAAAACUUAGUUCCUUCCUAAGUCAGAGAACAUGAAUUGCUUGCUUUGAACAUGACAAUUUAUGUGAAAGCCCAUUGAUUGGGCUUUGAAUGGAGAUAAAAUAGUGGCUAAAACUUAUGUUACUAAAACUUUGUACUAUUAUGCAUCAAAAUUCUAAUUGUUAGACUGAUGAUGACAAAGGACUAUAGACAUUUGGCCAACAGUGUUCUAAUACUGUAUCAAAUAACUACUUGACCUAAAUGCUCAAGCACUGAAGAUCACUAAUAAUAUCUUUUGAAAAAUAUCUGAUGAGAGCAAAUUAUCUAUGUGCUUAUACAUUUUGGAUGCACACUGAGAUUUCCAUCUAAGUUUUUUGUUUGAAAAAAAUUUAACACAUGCUUUCUUUUCAAUUACUCUGUUUAAAAUAAUCAGUUUCAUAGAGGGUUUUGAUUCUGAAGGUCUAAGAUGCAGGUUCCGGCUCGCAUCGAGAAACUCAUUGCUGAGAAGCAAUUUUAUGCCGCGGUUCAAUUGCAUGUGCAAUCAAUACUGAUGCUUGAGCGAGGCCUCCAAACUGUUGGGGCGCUUCAAGAUGUCCGUUCUGAGUUAACGAAGUUACGUGGAGUCCUCUUUUAUAAGAUUUUGGAGGAUUUGCAUGCCCAUUUAUACAAUAAGGGUGAAUAUAGUGCUGCUGGCUCAAGUUUGUUAGAGAAUGAUGACGAAAUACCAACCACCACUGCUGUUGCACUUGCUGCACAUAAUUCACAACCUCUGUCUCGAAGAACAAGAUCACUCAAAGGUGACAAUCAGAAUAAUCUCCAGAUUGAUGGAUCGUAUAGGCCAGCAUCUGUGGAUGGAGGUUCUUUUGAUGGCCAUGAUGAGGCAGAUUUGAAUGAGGAAGCUACCUUAGAUGGGAAUAUGGCAACAACGAGAAUCAAUGGUAAUGAUAUACCAAAGGAUUCCAACAAUGCUCUUCGUCAAAUGCCAACAUGGCUCUCAAAUUCGACACCUGAUGAAUUUCUUGAAACAAUUAGAAAAAGUGAUGCUCCGCUUCAUGUGAAGUAUCUCCAGACCAUGGUCGAGUGCCUUUGCAUGCUUGGCAAAGUUGCAGCUGCUGGAGCUAUUAUAUGCCAAAGAUUGCGGCCAACACUUCACGAGAUAAUUACAUCCAAGAUUAAAGCUCAUGCAGAGCUUUUGAAUUCAUCAAGGUCUAGCAUUGGUCAGGAUUCCCAGGCUGGAACAGGUAAUCUGCACUUCAUAAAAGGUCAACUAGAAAGUUAUCAGUUGCCAAAACAGAAGCGUAAGAAUGGAAUAUCUAUUGCUGGAACUCUGUUGGCUGUGAGCCCUGUAUCACCUCUUAUGGCUCCUGGUGGGAAAGCACAGGUUGCUGCUAAGGAGCUUCUUGAUUCAAUUUUGGAUGCUGUUGUUCGAAUAUUUGAGAAUCAUGUCAUUGUUGGGGAGCUUUUGGAAGCAAAAGCAAGUCAGCAUGCUGACAUAAACACGCCAAAAUCAUUGCCAGUAGAUGUAAAUUGGAACCCUGAUUCUGAAGCAUCUCAAGUCACCGGAGGUUACAGCAUAGGUUUCUCCCUGACAGUGUUACAGAGUGAAUGCCAACAACUUAUAUGUGAAAUUCUGCGGGCCACUCCUGAAGCAGCAUCUGCUGAUGCUGCUGUGCAAACAGCUAGGCUUGCGAGCAAAGUCCCUUCUAAAGAUAAAAGGGAUGGAUCUGAAGAUGGUCUUACCUUUGCAUUUCGCUUUACAGAUGCUUCAAUAUCUAUUCCUAACCAGGGAGUUGAUCUUGUUCGCCAAGGUUGGAGUAGGAAGGGUCCCAAUGUGCUUCAAGAGGGUUAUGGUUCUGCAGCAGUUUUGCCUGAGGAGGGCAUAUAUUUAGCAGCAUCCAUAUACCGACCUGUGCUUCAGUUCACGGAUAAAGUUGCUUCAAUGCUGCCAACAAAGUAUUCCCAACUCGGCAAUGAUGGGUUGCUAGCUUUUGUGGAGAACUUUGUGAAGGACCACUUUUUACCAACUAUGUUUGUAGACUACCGAAAAGGCGUACAGCAAGCCAUAUCGAGUCCAGCUGCAUUUCGUCCAAGGGCACAUGUUGCUACUACUUACACUUCAUCAAUUGAGAAGGGUCGACCUGUUUUACAAGGAUUAUUAGCUAUAGAUCACUUAACAAAGGAGGUGCUUGGCUGGGCACAAGCAAUGCCCAAGUUCUCUAAUGAUCUGGUGAAGUAUGUGCAAACUUUUCUGGAGAGGACUUAUGAAAGAUGCCGAACUGCAUACAUGGAGGCUGUUCUUGAGAAGCAGAGUUAUAUGCUUAUUGGGAGGCAUGAUAUUGAGAAGUUGAUGAGGAUUGACCCCUCAAGUGCAUAUUUACCGAAUCUGCUUGGUCAGUUAAAUGUGGAAAGUAAUUCAUCUGAUGCUGAAACAAUUGAGGCUGAAUUAGAACUUAGUGAAUUACUGCUAAGUUUGCGUCCUAUUAAGCAGGAAAACCUAAUCCAUGAUGACAACAAACUUAUUCUGUUGGCAUCCCUUAGUGACUCAUUAGAGUAUGUUGCAGACUCUAUUGAAAGGCUUGGACAGACAACUCAAAGAGCAUCAAAUCAUGUUGGGGGAAAAUACCAUCACAGUCAUUCAGACAGUGCACCUACAAGGAGUUUAGUUUCAUUUGCUCAAGAUUAUAGGAAACUGGCAAUUGAUUGCCUUAAGGUUUUACGCAUAGAGAUGCAAUUGGAGACAGUAUUCCAUAUGCAGGAAAUGGCAAAUACAGAAUACUUGGAUGACCAAGAUGCUGAAGAGCCGGAUGACUUCAUCAUUUCGCUCACUGCACAGAUAACACGAAGAGAUGAGGAAAUGGCUCCUUUUAUUUCAAAUGCAAAGCGGAAUUAUAUAUUUGGUGGAAUUUGUGGGGUUGCAGCAAAUGCAUCUGUCAAGGCUUUGGCGGAUAUGAAAUCCAUAAAUCUUUUUGGUGUUCAGCAAAUUUGUCGAAAUGCUAUUGCAUUAGAACAGGCAUUGGCAGCUAUUCCAUCCAUAAAUAGUGAAGCAGUGCAACAGAGAUUGGAUCGAGUCCGCACCUACUAUGAACUAUUGAACAUGCCAUUUGAGGCUUUGGUUGCCUUCAUUACAGAACAUAUACACUUGUUCACCCCUGUGGAGUAUGCCAAGCUUCUUAAUGUUCAGGUUCCUGGAAGGGAAAUUCCUCCUGAUGCACAAGAUAGAUUAUCUGAAAUAUUAUCCGUGUAGAAUGUUCUCUUUGGUUCCCAGAAUUUUUGGACUGUUGGGGUGCUUGCAUCAAUUAGAUUUCUGAUUCAUAUUUCUGAAAAAAUGAUGAUGCAGCAAACCGAUGCCAGUGUCCGAUCUUACAGCAAAUUACAACCGAGUAGACUACCAGUGAAAAGAUGGUUUUGAUUCUGCCCUUGGUGAUAGCAAUUCCAUUUGCUCACUCAAUUGUUUGUAAUGUAAUGGUGAUGUCAAUUUUCGUUGCCGCCGUUGCCUUCCUUUUGGGUUAAGUCGCUCGCUCGCUCUAUUUUUUUUGGGUAUUGAGUUUGCGUGUGAUGAGCAAUUUCAUUCAAGUCAAUAUGAAGAACAACCUGAAAUUCACAUGUAUAUUUUUCAUGCUAAACUUAUUGUAUAUUUACUUUCUUCAACUGUGUGGCCUAUUCUAGUGUAAAUGAAAUUUUGUCGAGGGAUUCCCUCUUGAUUUUCA